AGGGCCGUGCACACAGAGGAGGAGGGGGGGGGGGAAACUGCAGGCUGUGUGGAUUUUUCUAAAUGUAUUUAUGCACCUCGUCUCCGUUCCGCCUAUGUUAAUGAUUUGUGUUAGCUAUGUAAAUGUCCCUUUAGUUUAUUGGCGCCACCGUCAGCUCUUCCUUCUACCUCAACAGUAAGCGUAUUAUCAAGCUAUCUUGACUGGAUCCAGCCUGCCACUGAACUUCCCGUCACUGAGAAGAACGCAGACGGAGAGAUCGAGCAGCUGAAUAUGGAAUAUAGGGGUUGUCAAUGAGAAUACAGGUCAGUCUACACGAAGACCAGACGGGAGACAAAUCGAUAUCAUUGUCUUCUUUUAGUCGACGAGACGGGUCUCGACUGGCUUGCUUACCAACCUGCGUUGUGUUCCUUGCUUGACCACCUAGCUGCAGUUUGCCCCACUGUCGUCGAGGCUCGAUACAACCACUGGUGGGGGGUUUAAUGGGAUCCUUGUUUCAAUAGAACUCCCUUCUCCCACCCCCCGACGGACCUUCGCUCGAAUCCGACUCGGGCGCUGUCUUCCCCGGGGGGGGGUGCCGGUUUUUGCUCAGUCUGACUGGGGAAGGAGUGCGGCCCCCCCCAGCAUUGACUGUCGCUCUGGCCGACCCUAGUGGAGCCUAAUAUGGCAGGAAAUCUGAAGAAAGGCGGAGGACUGAUCGGGAUGAUGAAGGACGCGUUUCAGCCCCAUCACCACCUCCAUUCCCAUCACCAACCUGGGGCCGUGGACAAAAAGACGGUGGAGAAAUGCUGGAAACUAAUGGACAAGGUGGUGCGACUCUGCCAGAACCCCAAGCUGGCCCUGAAGAACAGCCCACCUUACAUCCUGGAUCUGCUGCCAGACACCUACCAGCACCUUCGCACCAUCUUGUCCCGCUACGAGGGAAAGAUGGAGACGCUCGGCGACAACGAGUAUUUCCGCGUCUUCAUGGAGAACCUGACCAAGAAGACCAAGCAGACCAUCAGCCUUUUCAAGGAGGGAAAGGAGCGCAUGUACGAGGAGAACUCGCAGCCCAGACGGAACCUGACCAAGUUGUCGCUGAUCUUCAGUCACAUGCUGGCCGAGCUCAAAGCCAUCUUCCCCAACGGCCUGUUCCAGGGGGAUAACUUCCGAAUCACCAAGGCUGAUGCCGCCGAGUUCUGGAGAAGAUCGUUUGGGGACAAGACUAUAGUGCCUUGGAAGGUGUUCCGGCAGGCACUGCACGAGUUCCACCCCAUCAGCUCGGGCCUGGAAGCCAUGGCCCUCAAGUCCACCAUCGACCUCGCCUGCAACGACUACAUCUCCGUCUUCGAGUUUGAUAUCUUCACCAGGCUCUUCCAGCCUUGGUCAUCUCUGCUGAGGAACUGGAACAGCCUGGCGGUGACUCACCCGGGCUACAUGGCCUUCCUCACCUACGAUGAGGUCAAGGCCCGGCUGCAGAAGUUCAUCCACAAACCUGGCAGCUACAUCUUCAGGCUGAGCUGCACGCGGCUGGGCCAGUGGGCCAUCGGCUACGUCACUGCAGAUGGGAACAUCCUGCAGACCAUCCCCCACAACAAGCCCCUCUUCCAGGCCCUCAUCGACGGCUUCCGGGAAGGAUUCUACCUGUUCCCCGACGGGCGCACCCAGAACCCAGACCUCACAGGACUGUGUGAGCCCUCGCCACAAGACCAUAUUAAAGUCACACAGGAGCAAUAUGAGCUGUACUGUGAGAUGGGCUCCACCUUCCAGCUGUGUAAGAUCUGUGCGGAGAACGACAAGGACGUGAAGAUCGAGCCCUGCGGUCACCUCAUGUGUACCUCCUGUCUCACCGCCUGGCAGGAGUCGGAGGGUCAGGGCUGCCCGUUCUGCCGCUGUGAGAUCAAAGGCACGGAGCCCAUCGUGGUUGACCCCUUUGACCCCAAGGACCCCAUAGGCGGCUCCUGUAGGGGCCUGUUCGGGGCAGAGGGCGCCCCCUCGCCCAGCUACGACGAUGACGACGACGACCGGCUGGACGACCCCCACCUCAUGAUGAGCAAGCUGGCCUGUUCCAAGGUGGAGCGUCCCCCCUCGCCCAUGUCCCUGGCGCCCCAGUCCUCCCUGCCCCCCGUGCCCCCCCGCCUUGACCUCCUGCAGCACCGACCACCUAACCCCCCAGGAGCAUCCAGCCCAGGGGCCACAUCCAAGGCGUCCUCCCACCACAAGGACAAGCCUCUCCCCCUGCCCCCAGCCCUGAGGGACCUGCCACCCCCUCCUCCCCCAGACAGACCUCUCUCUGCCGGGCCUGACGGGUGGCUCGGCAGACGGCCCCUACCCUGCACCCCCCUGGGGGAGCCCAAGCUGCCCCCGGCCCCGCCCAACCGCAACCUGGCCGACUGGAACCCCAGGCCAGUUCCCAAGGCCCCCGGACAGCCACCCAGUGUGGGAGACACACGGGGGGUCCGGGAGCUCUCCAACAGACACUCGCUCCCCCUGGCCCUACCCUCAGUGCUAGACGGAUGCACCGACGGACAGAGGAACAACAGCUCGCUCAGUCUGGACCAUCAGCUGGAGAAGGGAGCCCAGAGUUUUGGAGGCACGGCGUCUGGCAGUCAGGCGUAUGACAACCCCAAAGUGAAGCCUUCAGUCUCGGCAAAUGCCAUCUAUGCUCUGUCAACAAGACCCCACCCAGGUCUGAAGCCAGUGGCUGGGGAGGAGGCCUACGAGAGUGACGAGGAGUCCGACUACAUGAUCCCCACCUCUCGGCCCGUCCUGGUCCCCAUGGCAGAGACCCCAGUCCCCAAACCCCCCCAGCCUACCUCUCUCAACUCAUGGCCCAUGCUGAAUGACCUGGAUGAAGGACCUCAAAUGUAUGAAGCCAUGUAUAACGUCCAGGUCCAGGCUCACCUGGCCAGAGACUCGGAUUAUUCUGAGCUGCCCCCCUUGGCCAGUACCAAUUGUCCCAUCUGGGAGAUCCCCUGCCCGGUGCGGGAGCCCCCUGAGGAGGUAGAGGAGGAAAACGGCUACGACAUCCCCAAACCAGCGUUGCCCAUGGCCCCGGCCCGGCGCACCCUGUCCGAGCUGGGGGCCACUUCCAGCGCCGCCUUCAACCGUCUCUCCAUGGACAGCGAGCCCGGAGCAUCCGCCUCCUUCUCAGAUUCCAGCGACGCCCCAGAGCGGCCGCCCAAGCCCCUCCCCCGCCGCAUCAACUCCGAGCACCGGCCCAUACCUCCUGGAUUAGGCGGUGGUGGUGGUGGUGGCGGAGGAGGAGGAGGGGGGGGAGGAGGAGUAGCCAACCCUCAGAUCACCAGUGAGAUCGAGCAUCUCAUGAGGCAAGGCUACACCUACCAGGACAUCCAGAAAGCCCUGAUGAUUGCACAGAACAAUAUGGAGAUGGCCAAGAAUAUCCUGCGCGAGUUUGUCUCCAUUCCCUCCACGGCUCACAUUCUUACAUAGUACCUCCUCUGCUCCAGCCCUGCCCAGCUCAGCCCAAAGUCCAUCGCCUGCAGUACUAGCGCUUCAGUGCUAACUGGAGCCCCUGCAGUCUCCUGUCCGGCGCCUUCUCAAAACUAGCUCAUUCCGAGCCCUGCGCUUCACGCGCCUUUUCAAGAGUGACCGGACGCCUUUUGUAAUGUGCUGCAGGGCCACUCUCCAGAUCCCAUGGAGUGAAGUGAUGAUGAUGAUGAUCGUGGCUCAAAAACACAUGUGUGUCUAUCUAAGAAUUUAAUAUAUAACUAAAUAUAUAUUAAAUGUGUGUAAUGUAUACAUAUAUAUUUCCAAUGAGUUCCGCUUCAAAGGUCUGUUUUUAUUUCACGUCUUUCAUGUUUAAGGAUAGGAUAAAGAUGGUGGUUCUUUGGGAGAGAGCAUCCUUCUGUCGUCCCCAGCCCUCACUUUGAAGAGAGCGGCGGUCUUCGUUUAGCAUUCAGAAGCAGGCGUUUCCUAGACUCACAGCAGAACAUUUGGCAACAUGUCAAAUAUGGCCUUUAUCAAUGCUUCGGUACUUCUUUGGGGGGAAAAGAAUGUGUGUGUGUGUGUGUGUGUGUGUGUGUGUGUGUGUGUGUGUGUGUGUGUGUGUGUGUGUGUGUGUGUGUGUGUGUGUGUCGGUCCAAUGACCUGGCUAGUAGGGUUGGGACGUGAUGGCUGACCUAACUCACUGGUUGACCAUUUGACUUAAAACCCCGGUGAAAAGCAAAGCUGUGUUUGACUGUGUUGUUGUCUAUGUGCAUCAUUUUCUACGGUGGGUAGCAUUGUUUCCUACAUCGAACCACCCCUGAUCAUCUCGUCCAGUGAUUCUGAUGCCCAGACUGGGAAGCCUGUGUUUUAGUUUUUUCAGCAAGACGUUUUUUUUUAGAGGCAAGUCCUGGCUCUGCUGUCAGAGCCAAUCAAUCGAAGCCACCUGGGAGGUCCCGGUUGGCCCAUGUCCCAAUCCCUCUUCUGUGCAAAAUGAAUGUGGAAUUAAUAUAUUGCUCAAGACGUUUUCAUUCUUCUUCCUCCUCAAAUGUAGUGCCCUCAAGCAAGAGUCUGAAUGGGAGAGGCAAAGUGUACGGAAAUGUAAUGGUGAGAGAAAAAGGAUUGAUGGAUUCUAAUAAAGGCCCAGUACCGGGUCAAGAUUCUAUGAUACAUUGACAACAGCUUAGACAUGAGGAGAGCUUCGUCUGCGAUGUGCACCGAAGCUGUUCAGCGUUGUGAGAAAAAUGUGUCAUCGAUUACUUUAAUAAUAUAUUAUUAUUAUGAUCAUUGUUGUUAUUAUUAAUUCAGAAGUGCUUUACUGCUGCUACUAUUGUUAGUGCUAUACAAUUAAGCCUUAAAUGUACAUUUUGUGAAUAUUGUUUAACCGCUCUUUUUUUUUUUUAAGUGACAGUAUCUCAUAUUGUAUUCUUUAUUUGGUGAUGUAGCACACACUUGAACAUGCAAGCAGCUUGGGGUUGUGCAAUUCAAGCCGACUUCAAUUGUUUUCCCAUUUUUAGGAAAGUGUUGGACUGGAUAGCCUUUAGAGGAACUAUGAUGACAUCGUAAAUGGCACUGUCCCGCAGAUUGACCUAAGUGGUAGCAUCAGCAAAACAAACAAUGUGAUUGAUGAAGAGUAACGGUGUCGUAACUCGUUUAAGAAAUCUGUAUUGUAGAUGCCUCCACUUUUUAAUCUAGAUUAUAGUUGUGCGAGCUUUGUCAUUUAAGGAUUUGACUUAAUUGCACAGCUGCAACUAAGCCCUGUAGCUUAGUGAACAAGAACAUCUUGAGACGCACACCCAAAACAUUGAUGAGUUGCAGCCCCACAAAAAAAGAAAAUGGGAUGGGGGGGGGGGGGGGGGUUGCACAUUCUAUAUGACUCUUGUUUAUUUCCGUAAACCUUUUCGGUCACACAGUGACGGGGUUCUAAAGAGUGUUUGCCUUUCUUUUUCCUAAAGAGGUAUUACAACCAGUGUUUGGGUCAACGCAACAGCAGGGUUUGUGGACCAGUUGGGAGUGUGGGAAUUUUUCUCUCUGGUUUCCCCGAAUUUGUUAAAACACUCCUCUGUUGAACGAGGACUGACACAUCUUUCCUCUGUAACUGGGGUUGAAAUGUUACUGAAACCUUCCCAGAAUUCCCAGAAAUCCCAGUUGGAGGAUAAGAUAGCCUCCCUGCUCAUUACCUCCUGAUUCCAGGGAAAAUGUUUGCAAUCCUAAUCUGUUACUCAGAAAUACCGUUUUGUACCCUAACCAGACAAGAGACUUCACAUGGACUGUUCAGACUCGUCUUGACUCUCUAAUGAGUUGGCAACGAAUUGUUAAACUAACCAAUGCACUCAUUGAAUUACAGCAGGUGCACCUCGUUCCUGUCUGUCUACGUGGUAGGUCUUCGUUCACUUUUGAGUUUUCCUGUGUUUUCAGAUUCAGUAGGGCCUUCAGAGUUUGAACGCAAUCCACUCUAUUUUUAGGGAGCCCAUACCGAUGAAUAUCCACACGUAUUGAAUUUACGAAAGUAGCCUAUUACUAAAUUGUCAUUAAAACUUGCAUAUCAUUUUGUGCUGACUUCUAUUACAUUGUUGGUUCAAAGGUUUAAAAAAAGAAUGAAAUGGCACUGGCUCACAUUCCUAGAUUAUUCUCUCCGGGACCGGUACUAAUUGAGGUACGUUGGCCCCUAAAAGGUGGAGAAGCUCUGUUAAUGGGAUUGCCACCAUGGGCUGUAGAAUCAUCGUAUAGGCUAGCUUCUCAACUGUAUCUCACGGUCUCCAGACUGGAAGAGGUUUGUGGCGUCUUUUUUUUUUCUUCUGUUCCUAGUUGCCUUGGGGGAAACGGUGAAGUCACGGUUGAAUGCACCACCUUCAAUAGGGAUUGUCAGGUUUCAGAAUGGAAUCACGUAUCCUUUAAUCUUGAUGACUGUACUGAUUCUUGUCUAUGUAUGAACAUGUAUAUAUGUAUGUAUGUAUGUACAUGACUUAUUCCACAUUUUGUUGUUACAGCCUGAAUUCAAAAUGGAUUACAUGUAUUUCUUGUUCUCACCGAUCUACACACAAUACUAAAAAUGUUUUCAAAUGUAUUGAAAAUGAAAUGCAGAAAUAUCUCAUUUCCAUAAGAAGUCACACCCCUGAGUCAAUACAUGUUAGAAUCGCCUUUGGCAGUGAUUACAGCUGUGAGUCUUUCUGGGGAAGUCUAAGAGCUUUGCAUUCCUGGAUUGUACAGUAUUUCUUUUUUCGUUUUUAUUCUUCAAGCUCUAUUAAGUUGAUCAUUGCUAGACAACCAUUUUCAAGUCUUGCCAUAUAUUUUCAUGCAGAUGUAAGUUGAAACUGUAACUCAGCCACUUGGGAACAUUCACUGUCUUCUUGGUAAGCAGCUCCAGGUGUAGAUUUGGCCUUGUGUUUUAGGUUAUUGUCCUGCUGAAAAGUGAAUGAAUCUCCUGGUGUUUGGCAGAAAGCAAACUAAACCAGGUUUUCCUCUAGGAUUCUGCCUGUGCUUAGCUCCGUUAUGUUUAUAUUUUUUAUCCUGAAAAACUCCCCAGUCCUUAACGAUUACAAGCAUACCCAUAACACUGCUUAGCUUGAAAAUAUGGAGAAUAUUGUACUCAGUCAUGUGUUGUACUGGAUUUGCCCCAAAUAUAACACUUUGUUUUCAGGACAAAAAAAUAUUAAUUUAUGUGGUUUUACUUUAGUGCCUUGUUGCAAACAGGAGGCAUAUUUUGGAAUAUUUUUAUUCUGCACAGGCUUCCUUUUCACUCUGUCAAUGAGUUAGUAUUGUGGAGUAACUACAAUGUUGUUGAUCUAUCCUCAGUUUCUCCUAUCACAGCCAUUAAACUCUCAAACUGUUUUAAAGUCACCAUUGGCCUCAUGUUGAAAUCACUGAGCGGGUUCCUUCCUCUCCGUCAACUGAGUUAGGAAGGACACCUGUAUCUUUGUAAUGACUGGGUGUAUGGAUACACCAUCCAAAAUGUCAUUUAUAACUUCAUGCUCAAAGGGAAGUUCAAUGUCAGCAUUUAUUUUUACCCAUCUACCAAUAGGUGCAAUUAUUUGCAAAGCAUUGGAAAACUUUGGUCUUUGUGGUUGACUCUGUCUUUGAAAUGCACUGCUCAACUUGGGGACCUUGCAGAUAAUUGUAUGUCUGGGGUACAGAGAUGAGGUAGUCAUUCAAAGAUCAUGUUAAACACUUAUUGCACACAGAAUGAGUCAAUGCAAUUUGUGACUUGUUAAGCACAUUUUUUUAACUCCUUUUUGCCAUAACAAAAGGGUUGAAUACUUAUUGACUCUUUUCAUUUUUUUUUGGAAUUUGUGAAAAUGUAGAAAUGUUUUCCACUUUGACAUUAUGGGAUAUUGUGUGUGUAGGCCAGCGACAAUCUACAUUAACUUCAGGCUGUAACACAACAACAAAAUGUGGAUAAAGUCAAAGGGUGUGAACUUCCUGAAGGCACUCAUAAGUGUAUAUUGACUUUUUCUGCAUACUAUACCAAUUUUUGCUACGGUACUGUCACUUUUAAAAAUGAGUUGUAUACGUACUGAUUUAAAAUAAUGUGCGGAAAUUGCUGUUUUUAUUUUAUUUAGCAUUCCUGUAUAUGUCAGAAUUCUAUUUUGUAUUUUUCCCCCAACAGU